AUGCCUCCAGACUUCGCGAUGUUUGACAAAUGUUUUCGAGUGGUCAUAUGCGGGGCCGAAAAAGUUGGAAAAAAGACACUAAUGCAUUCGUUUAGCACAACGGGAGAUGGUGAAAAUCUUUGGACCUCGUUGAAUGUUGACAAUGAAAAAAUUCUCGUUGAAGCCGAAGUCUCGAAAAUGUGGACGAAAGACAUGCAUGAAAAGUUCGACGCGGCCGCCGUUGUGUUUUCGACAAAUGAUUUAUUCAGUUUUGAGUAUGCUUUAGAAAUUCUCAAUGAAAUUUCGAGGUUCUCAGAAUCAUCGUUUCUUGUUGUUCUUGUUGAGAAUAAGAUUGACAUAAUGGAAAGAAGUGAGAUUGACAAGAAUAUCGUUGAAAUGGAGGUUCGAGAACGACAUAAACGACUAUACAGAGUGUCGGCCCUCAAAGAAUUCAACGUUAUGCAUCCAUUCGCAUAUCUUUUGGAAAUUCUGACAAGGCCGAAAAAGGAUGAAAACGACAAUACACGGAAACAUACUCCCGUUGAAUCAACUCGAAUUCCAUCCAGAGAAGGGUGAUUAAUGCCCGGAAGCAUUCGAGAGUUCCAGUUAUUACUACGUUUCCUUCUCAAGCGUCAUCUUUAA